AUGCAAAAAACGCAUCUUCGCACGGGCACCCCGUGCAUUGGCCAAUUAUUGCUCGCUGUUGUGUCCGUUGCGACACACGUUGAGUUCGAUUUUAUUAGUACAACAGAAAAUAUCAAACUGGCAGUUGCGGAGCUCCAAGUCUAUGAUUCUUCGGUUGGUGCUGACCGGGGUACCACGGUCAACACGGUCCGUUCGGCGUUCCAAUUCCACGUUUCUCGAGCCGCUGACGAAGCUGCUGUUGGGAAGACGUCGAUCCUUGUCGGCCGCACAAUCCUGUCGAUCGUCGAUACACUGCCCUAA